AUGAAUACAUCUCCCUCAGAUCAAACCCACACAGCACCAACCAGCCGGACGGUCUCUGUGGGUUCCACUGGUGAACGAAUCGAUUACCUUGAUCUCCCCGUUCGAGAAGUUAGCGAUGGCGCCGACUUUCGUGAAUAUACGACUGAGACGCGUGCUGGCGAAAUUAUCAGACCGAUCAAAUCUAAUGUCACCGGUCAGUUGGAGGACUGGAAACUCGUGACUUUCACGAUCGAUGAUCCUGAAAACCCGAAGAACUGGUCAAAAUUAUAUAAAUGGUACUGUACCAUGGUUGUCGCCUUCACCUGCUUCGUGGUUGCAUUCGCGAGCAGUGUUAUCACCGCCGAUUUGACAGGGCCAGCGGAGGACUUUGGCGUCUCUCGCGAAGUUAGUCUCGUUGUCGUCACCGUCUUCGUUGUUGGGUUUGGCAUUGGUCCAAUGGUCUUUGCACCUAUGUCCGAAAUGCUUGGCAGAAGGCCAAUUUAUGCAGUCACCCUCUUCCUCGCCGUGAUCUUCGUCAUUCCAUGCGCAGUAUCAAAGAACAUUGGCACUCUGAUCGUUUGUCGUAUGAUUGAUGGUAUCGCCUUUAGCGCACCGAUGACCCUUGUCGGAGGUACACUCGCAGACCUAUGGAGGAACGAGGAGCGAGGUGUUCCAAUGGCAGCUUUCAGUGCCGCUCCCUUUAUCGGACCAGCUAUCGGCCCACUCGCAGGUGGUUUCCUUGCUGAUAACUGUGGCUGGAGGUGGCUCUACUGGCUCCAGCUUAUCUUGUCAUUCGUGGCCUGGAUCUUGAUCACGUUCACCGUCCCCGAGACAUAUGCUCCGAUCCUUCUCAAGAAGCGAGCAGCUAAGCUGCGUAAGACAGAGAAUGACCCCAAGUUUACUACCGAGACUGAGCUUGAUCCUCGACCUCUUGGACAAAAGCUGCGCGUUUUCCUUUUCCGACCUUUCCAGCUGCUAUUUUUGGAGCCUAUCGUCCUAUUCAUCGCUAUUUAUAUGUCAGUGCUAUAUGGUCUACUAUACAUGUUCUUCGUCGCAUACCCAAUUGUCUACCAAGCUGGCAAGGGCUGGAGUGCAUCGUCAACCGGUCUCAUGUUCAUUCCGUUGGCUAUUGGCGUCUUGAUGAGUGCCGCAUGUGCACCAUUCGUGAACAAGAACUACCUCAAGAUCUCUGAGCAAUACGGCGGCAAGCCUCCAGCCGAGAAACGUCUCAUUCCGAUGAUGUGGUCAUGCUGGCUUAUCCCUGUCGGCCUGUUUAUCUUUGCCUGGACCUCAUACCCCGGCGUCCAUUGGUUCGGGCCAUGUAUUGCCGGAUGGCCCGUCGGAUUCGGUUUUAUUUUCCUGUACAACUCAGCAAACAACUAUCUCGUUGAUACCUAUCAGCACCAGGCUGCAUCGGCCCUUGCCGCCAAGACAUUCCUGCGAUCUAUGUGGGGUGCCUCUACCGUUCUGUUUACUGAGCAGAUGUAUGAUCGUUUGGGAUACCAAUGGGCCAGCACUCUUCUGGCAUUUAUUGCUCUGGCCUGUUGUGCCAUUCCAUAUGUCUUUUAUUUUAAGGGUGAGGCCAUUCGCCGCUUUUCAAGAUACGCCUUCAGCGAUGAUGAAGAGAAGGGCAUUAAGGCUUAG